UCCUAUGAGGACUUCAAUAUGAAUGAAGUUGACUUGAAUACUGAGAACUAUGAAGAAAUAUUUGGUGUAGCUCUUAAUGAUCCAGAACAACUGUUCGGUAACGAUGGAAUUGGUAGCUUGUUAGGAGUGAAGGACAUGUCCGAUGCUGAUUUGAACCAUCGAGGCACAUAUGCAGCUGAGGGGUCAUCAAUUGGACUAGUUAAGUCAAUGCAGCCGGCUAUCAGCAAUCCGGCAUCUGCUGAUUCCGUGAUAAGCUCUAAAACUGAUCCAAACCUUUGCUUUGCAACGCAUGCCCUUUCCAGCAUCUGAUUUUCUGGUCUUAGCGUGGA